UGUUCGAAAAGCAAUCCUGCUGACUUUGUGUCUCGUGGGCAAAACGGAGCCAGCCUCGUCACAAACAAGGCGUGGAAAAUUGGACCUGAGAUCCUGUGGAAGAACGAAGAGGCAUGGCCAGAAGAAAAAAUAGACCCAUUUGGCGACAACAAUGAUCCUGAGGUAAAGAAGGCUGUAACGGCAUGCACCAUUCGAACUGUUGGUGCUGACAAUACAUCUCCAAUACAAACACUUAUCAACUACUACUCAUCAUGGUGGACUUUAACGCGAGCGGUGGCAUGGCUUCUGCGCGUAAAGUCAGUGUUGUUGCGUAGAGAGAGGCGUCUUGGAGGUCUGGGAGUUGAAGAGUUACUGGAAGCUGAACGCGUCAUCUUGCUACAAGAGCAGGACAUACAUUUCCAUCAGGAGAAGCUAAACUUAGCUGUAGACAACGUUCGAAAGCAGAGUACUCUAUAUCGUUUGGAUCCGGAAAUGCAUGGCGGUCUGCUUCGUGUCGGAGGGCGUUUGAGAAACUCAUCACUGCCUGAUGCAGCGAAAUUUCCAAUCAUUCUACCCAACAAGAGCAAGGUGACUGAACUUUUGAUACAGAAGGUUCACAUAGAGAUUGGCCACGGGGGACGAGAACACGUACUUUCGGAGAUAAGAAAGACAUAUUGGAUAAUCAAAGGAAAUAGCGCCGUCAGGCGUGUUCUUGCCAAAUGUCACCACUGCAGACGUUUGUACGGACAGGUCAAGAAACAAAAGAUGGCGGAUCUGCCACUAGACCGGGUAACUCCCUUCGAUCCACCCUUUUCAAGUUCUGGAAUCGAUCUUUUUGGACCUUUUUUCAUCAAGAAGGGCCGAGGACAAGCAAAACGAUAUGGGGUCAUAUUUACCUGCUUGAGUAUGCGAGCUAUCCAUAUUGAAGUCGCCAGCAGUCUCUCAACAGAUUCGUUUAUAUGCGCUUUACGGCGCUUUUUAGCACGCAGAGGACCAAUCAAACAGAUCAGAUCCGACAGAGGUACCAAUUUUGUAGGAGCCAUGCGUGAGCUUGGCAAGGAGCUGGAAUCGAUCGUGGAACAAAACAAAACAAUGCAAGAAACAUUGCUCAAGAACAGGAUUCAGUGGCGUUUUAAUCCUCCAGGUGCUUCCCACUUCGGCGGUGCAUGGGAACGUAUGAUCAAGAGUGUGCGCAAGAUUUUAGAUUCUUUGCUUCACCUGCAGUCCCUCACCGAGGAAACGCUUCACACAUUCCUGUGCGAAGUUGAAUACAUACUGAACAGCCGCCCAUUAACACCUGUGUCCGCCGAUCCAAAGGAUCUGGAUCCUCUGUCACCGAACGAUAUUCUUCUUUCAAGAGGAUCGCUUUCGAUCCCAGUUGGCGUAUAUAAGGAGGAAGACCUUCAUGGAAGAAAACUGUGGCGACAGGCUCAGUAUCUAGCAGACCAAUUUUGGAAGCGCUGGCAAAAAGAAUACCUCCCGCUACUACAAGAAAGAUCAUCAAAUCAGACUCGGCAGAACAAUUUAGCGGUAAGUGAUGUGGUUCUUGUCGCCGAUCAUACGAUACCUCGAGGCCAGUGGCCGCUCGGCCUGGUGACAUCAGUGAAAAGAAGCACUGAUGGCCUCGUGCGCUCUGUAUCGGUCAGAAUGCGUGGCAAAACAGUAGAGCGUCCUACGAACAAGUUGGUUUGGAUCGAGCGACAGAGCCAGUAGGGUCAAGAGACACAGUAGGAACGACAUUAGAAAACAGAACUAACUAAAGUACCGAAGAAUUCGAAAACCGUACCCGGUUUUACGGGGGAGGUGUUGUAGCGGCUGUGAAAAUUUUGAUACCCGUUGACAAAGGAUCCCAGAGGAACGAAGUCCCGCGAACAGCGAUAGAAAAGAAGUAGAACGAGCCCGAAUUAUUGCUUUGAAAUUUGCACUGGAAGAUUGGAUUUUACUUGAGAAGAUUUAGAUUAUUUGUUGUUUUUGUUUUCAUAUCUACGUUUAUUGGCAACUGUUUCAUCCGCAAUUGUUUUGCCUUUAUUUGCCGCUACUGCUGGCCCAUUAAUUGUUAAAACCGCUUUUAGUUAUGAAUCAAUACAGAAUCACAGUGAGUUUUAUCAAUUGGGCUUACUUGGAAAAGCAAAGGUGAAGUGGCGGCAGAAACACUAGUCGUUCGUUUCGUGAUAUUAAACAUCGUUUGGAUACGUAUAAGUGGCGCACAUUCAAAUUUCCAAAAUUAUGUGGUCACAUGCUUAAAUUAAGUCUUCGCUUCUUGGAUGAAGAGUAAAAAUAUCAGGUAAUAUCACAGACGUCAGCAACGAUAAAAAAGACACAUGCCUAUCACAUGCGCUUCAACAUCAUAAGUAAAUCGUCAAAACGGCGAAACAACAUGCAUACAAGUAUACAUAUUACAAUUCCGCAGGUCCCAGUAUAGAGACACCCUGCACUUUUUCACUACUUCAGCACACGGUACACAUUUGCCAGCGGUACACCGGGUUUUGUAUUUAAAAGUCUACCCUUCGCUCUUUCUAUGAAUAUCCCUUCUUUAAUCUUACGUUUCCUCCAGUCUGUUUCAUACGCCAGAAUUUUGACAUUUUCCCAUAGGAUGGAGUGACCGGUGUCAAUGACGUGCUUAGUAGAAAUGCCAGAGUGGUUGUCGUCCAUGUUCCGUAUCGCUCUCUUGUGUUCAGCUUCCCUAGCCCUUAUACUUCUACAUGUCUCCCCAAUAUAAACCUUGUUACAUUCACACUCAUAUUGGUAGACUACCCCAGUAUUUUGAAUUUUUUCCCGCUUGUCCUUUGGUCUAACCAGCAUGUUCCGCAGGCUCU